GCUGCCAGCAGUAAUCUUAUCCGUCUUGCAUAAUACAGGACAAAUUCCUCUUUUUUUUUUCUUGCUUAUUUAUUACUUUUUGGGGAAUUGCAUCCGUUUUCAUAUCGCCUCCGAGCUGGACUCACAUCACAUGCCUGGCUCUUCAUACCCAGUAAUAUCCACAUCAUAGAGUCUCGCCACUCUCGGCUUUCCAUCACUCAAGGGAGCUUUCAACUUCACAACUCCCUCAACUCAGCACCAAUCCUUCUCUCUGCAUCUUCUCUGCAUCUUCUCGGAAUCGCCGCGACCGAGAGCUCACCAUGUUCUGCCUUCGAAGUUGGCUCCCGCUCCUCUUCAUCCCAACAAACGCCUCGCCCGCCUUCAUCCUCCUCUUCUUCAUCUGCACCUACUUCCUCAACCGCCCCUGCGUCUACUGCUCCGUCCUCCUGCUCAUCCUCUUCCUCACCUCGUGCAACUGGUCCGACCGCUGCUUCUUCGACCUCGGCAGCAACUGGUUCCAGCCCCGGCCGACCGCCUCCGCGCCGUUCCUCCAAGACGACGAAACCACCAGCGGCAGCAGCGCCUUCAACGAAACCGUCGUCGACAUGCUCAAUUCCACCGCAACGGCCGCCGCCCGCGCCGCCGCCGAGGAGAUUGCCGUGCUGAGGAACGAGUGGACGGGCGUGGGCUUCGAGUGGCUGCGCAACAUGCUGGGCAAGCGGGAAUGGAGGGUCGACUGCAUGGAUAUAUAUAUCAGGCUGUAAUGGGGAUGAUGUUUUGAUGAUGACGAAUAGCGAUGGUGGCAGCGAUAAACAGAGCGCCGAGGUUGGAAUUAUGAACAUACGAAAUACUUUUUAUUUUAAUUGAUGACCUUGGGCGUUGGGCAGAAAAAGUUUGAGAAGAAAGAAGGGGCUAUAGAUUCUUUCGUUACGCCAGCGCAGGGAUAUGAACAUACGGGCUACAGCAUUUUGUCUAUUAUCUUUAUUAUCUUUAAUUGCCUUCUUGCUGCUGUAAUAAUACACGAACGGCAUCCAUCA